CAAGCACGGCCGAUGAAGCGCCUUCUUGACCCGCGUGAAGCAGCGUCCCUGACGAAAAUUGCACGGGACCGCCGCGAAAGGGAGCUCAUGCCGCCGCCGGACCUUCCUUCUCAAUUCGCCCCCGGUAUGCUCUGUGCUUGUAUCAAACACACACCACACAAGGGUUUCUUCACAAUUUGUGUGUUCUCAGGCCUCAAGAAGGGACCAGACGAUGCCGUGAGCGGACAGCAGCGCUCGUCAGCGGCGCGUAGUGCAUCCGAUGGGCUCGCUGAUGAGCAGCCGGCAGCACAACAGGCUGAUCACUCUGCCCCAGACGCCCUAGUCAAGUCCUUUAUGUCUGAGAUUGACAGCAUGCUAGAGGCGCCCACUGCCGGUGCUGGUGAUCGGCAGGGCCAUCCGUCCAAUGCCUCCCCGCCACCAUCCGACGCAACCACGCCCACGCCCACGGCCACGGCCGUGUGGCAGGAGGUGCUUGACCCGAAGACCAAGCACAUCUAUUAUUGGAACGUCCAGACGGGCGAGGUCUCGUGGACACGGCCACCUGAUAUGAAUGGCGGCAAGGCGACCGUCCCCAAUGCACAUGCACCCCCUUCAAGCGUGAGAGUGACAUCGCCGGUAGAUGCUGCCGUUGGUGGCGAGGCGUCGGCGGGAACUGCCAAGACAGUGGACGAGAAGCUGCAGGCCUUUAUGAGGGAGAUCGAGCUCAUCGGGGAGGCUUGCGACCAGGAGGACAUCGACACCGCGGAACCUCCCACCAGCACUCAGGAAAGCCGAAUGGACGCUGCAAGUGUCCCUGCUGCUAGUGCCGCUGCUGGUGCUGGCCAAGAGGCCGAGAAGCCACUGGAGGACAGAGGCGAGGAUCGGCAGGCAGGGAGGAGCAGGGGCGGGGGGAGUGCGGCUUUGGAGAAGGAGGCGCGUGCGAUGCUGGCUGAUGUGCGGGAGCGGGUCGGCCUACUGCAAGUGGAGGGGACGGCCAUGCUCAUCACCAAGAGAAGAAUCACGACCGAACUCGGCACCAGAAAGGUCAGCCAGCCGGGAUCCAUGCCAUGAAUGCAUCUGUGUGCAGUGCAAUAUAUUGGUGUGUGAAUGUAAUGGGUGUGUGUUCAGACGGACUGGGAGGCUGGCGAGCUGUCAAGCGCCUACUUCCUCAAGAAACUGCAUGAGACGGCCGAUGCCAUCAAGGUGGGUGGAUGAUCAAUCUUCUAACACACAGAAGCAUCCAUGGACAUGGACUGACGUAUGUGUGUGUGUGUAUGUGUGCAGGAGCUGUUGUACGAGCAGGAGAAUGCGCCCAAGGCCGACGGCGUGACCAUCCAGGCGGCUCCCAAACCACCGCAGUCCCGGAGAGAGCGGGCCAGGCGGGGCUCUGCUGCUGCUGCUGCUGCUGCGUCUUCCGAGUAUAGACAGGAUUGGGGCGCGUACGGCGGCGGAUAUGACGCAUACGACUACGGCUACUAUGCUGCAAUGGUGAGUGAGCUGCCCAGCGAUGGAAAGGAUGCCUGAUUGAUGCGUGUGUGUGUGUGCGUGUGGUUUGUGUGACUGCAGGCCGACCCGGCGGCCUAUGCGUAUGCCAAUGGUCAGUCAUAGCAGCAGCAGACAGACAGACAGACAGACGGACAGACAGACACACGAACAUCCCUGUGUGUGUCUUGUGACCUUUUUCUUCAGUCGGCAUGGCCGCGAUGCCCUACGCUUACGCCAUGGUCGCCUCCACAGACAUGGUGCCUCAAUCCGAUUCGGCCACUUCGACCGCACCAUCCACACGAGACGCAACAGCAAAUGCAGCUGAAUCAGGUACACACCCACAACCCUCGCCGCACCGCUGUGUCGUGUCGAUUGGCCGCAUUUUGUGCCCACCUUUGUGCAGGUCCGGUGGUCAAUAGUCGGCGCUCGCCAGAGGCGCAGGAGCCACCUGUGGCUGCCGACAGGGCUGAGGAGCUGGUGGCUGCGGCCGCACUAGGUAGCCAUGGAAGGCAGGAAAGGAGCAAGCGUGGAUGCUGUUGGAGGGAGGGAGGUUGGGGGGACUGGCGGGGGGGUGUGGGUAUGUUCUGCCGGCCGCUGCGAUGUGACGGAUGGCCGGCCGAUCGCUGGGGAGCUCUUGCUCGUGUGCGUGUCGUGUACGUGUACGUGUGUGCCUUGACGCAUUCAAUCAUCCGUCCGCCCACUGACAUGACAGGCACCACGAGCCAGCGAGAGACAGUGACAGUGACCUUGAUAGGUUGCUGCCUGAAUGAAUGAAUGCACGUGUGCUGCACCACCUGACAUCUCAUUGGGGUGUCCGUGUGUGGCUCUCUCGUAUGGUGUGUGUCUGGCCUGCAGGUGGUGGUGAGCAUGCAUCUUCGUCUGGUGGGAAGAAGCGGAAGGCAGCCGCCCCGCCGAUCGGCCUCGGACACCGCAAACAGGUCAGAUGGCGAGAACCACGUAUGGGCUGAUUCAAAUCCUCUCGACCUUGUUUGGGUGGUUUGGUUGCUGCGCAGCUGCAGCUGAUCGGCAAGUGGCAAAGAACAGCCGACAAGGCUGCCGAGGUACCACUCACACCACACGCCUAUCUAGCAGUCGAUGUGCGUGUGUACCUGAUGUUGCGUGCAGGAAGAGGCCUCCGAGUGGGCGGAGCAAGAGCGGGCCGAGGUGGCCAAGGAAGCGGACAGAAUCGACCGGUGGAAGGAGCGACAGCUGGCCAGGUCAGCCUGCAUGCCCAUCUAUACGUCCGUGCCCUCCCUCCCUCCCUCCCACAGUGGGCCAACUGGCACUCACACAUAUGAGUACAUGUAUACCACACACACACACCCGCGUGUGUCGUCCCUGUGAUAAUGCAAUGCAUCAUCGGUGCGGUGAGAGGCAGUCCAGGGCAGGGCAGCACAUGCAGAGCCAUCCAUGGACGACCCACACGCCCACCCACCCACCCAUCGCCCGUCCUCAUUGCGCCUCUCUGUGUGUCAUCCAUUUGUGUGUGUGCUGCAGCGGCGCGGCCAAGUCGAAUCCGAACUUUAUGCCACUGGGAGAGCGCUCCAAGGACGGCGGGCAGAAGGGACAAGACUGGUAUGCGAGUGUUUUGACACACACGGAUCUCACAGUGUCCUUCGCGUGAUUGCUGCUUUGUCCGUCACAUGCGACAGGCGUCAGAGAGCCCGGUCGGGGCGGUCAAAGGGCGGCGGCAAUGCAGGGUGACCGUCGGACAUAUCUGAUGGACGCGACGGCAUGGACAAGCGUCAAGCGUGCAAUUAAGCUGAUGGAUGAGUGGAUGGGAUGAUCCAAAAUGUCACAAUGUUCGGUUGACUACACGUAGACUACGUACUCAUUCAUCGUCUGCUAUGAG